AUGCUACUUGUUGCUGUCGUAACAGUUGCCCUUGGACUAAGCUAUUUCCUUAAAAUACACAGCUAUGCUUACUUUGUAGUCUUCCAGAUUGCAGAUGGAUUAGUGCAGUCAAAUGGAUUACCUAUUUUAAUUGCGUGUGUUGCAAGUUGGUAUGGAAAAGGAAGGAGAGGCUUAGUAAUGGGUAUUUGGUACUCACAUACUUCUGUUGGAAAUAUUCUUGGGUCGAUAAUUCCUGGUAUUUGGGCAAGCGGGGCAUGGGGCUGGUCAUUUGUUGUCCCUGGUAUCUUAAUGGCCGUCUUUGGAAUAGUUACAUUCUUUACUCUCGUUACAGAACCUUCUGAGGUUGACUGCCGAGAACCGAAGCAAAAUAUGACUAACAAUUAUGAUCAUUAUCGCACUAAGGGUGAGCGACAGAGGCUCCUGGAUGACAGUACGGCAAAUAGUUAUGUGGAAGAGGAUAACUCUGGAAGAUUAUUACAUUCUCGUCAUCGUAGUAUAAAUUCAGUUGAUACUGCUAAUAUGCCUGAUAUUCACCAUAAUCAAUCACCACCUAAAGUUGCUAUAAGGUUUAUUGAUGCAAUUAAAAUUGACAGCGUAGCCAUAUUCGCUUUUGCCCUCUUUUUUAAUAAAUUGGUCAGCUAUACAUUUAUUUAUUGGUUACCGUUUUAUCUGGAUGAUAUUGAUAUUAAUGGCGUCCGGUAUGGUUCAGAGAAGUCUGCUUUCCUUUCAGUCUUUUUUGAUCUCGGAGGCAUAAUAGGUAGUGUAAGUGCUGGCUUAAUUAUCGAUAAGACCGGAUGCAAAGCUAUUAUUUGCACUGUCCUAUUGUUACUCUCAGUUCCUUCGCUAUUUAUAUAUCACUAUUUUGGACAUAUCAGUUUAGCGGUAAAUAUCGUACUUAUGAUGCUAUGUGGUAUCACGGUUUAUGGUCCUAGCGCACUUAUAAUCACUACCGUCUCUGCGGAAUUGGGAAAUCACCCAUCACUAAAGAGUAAUCAAAGAGCUACAGCUACUGUGAGUUCAAUCAUUAACGGCACUGGUGGAAUAGGUGCGGCUAUGGGACCAUUACUAACUGGUUACAUAGUGCCGACUGGUUGGUCCCAUGUAUUUUACAUGUUGAUGGCAUCAGAAGGUGCAUCUGCAUUGUAUUUCAUGGGGCAUCAUACAUCUAAGACAAAUUUAUUUUUUUUAGUUAUUAUUCCGUUCAACCACAAGGGAAAUAAGCCGGUUAAGGAAACGCGUAGCGAUGUUGCCUUAAGCCUGUAUGCUAAAUGA